GAGGAUUACAGGGAAAGGAGAAUAAACCUGGUGAUGGGGGGGUGGGAUGAGUGAGGUGGGUGGCGGAGUGUCAGCUUGGCAGCAGAGGAGGCGACAGUCGGGGGUGUUCGCUGCUCUGCUCGCUGAUGUGUUCUGAUCCGCCGCCGUGGAUCCGGCAGGAUUGUCUUAAUCUGACAGAUGAGACUUUUUAUUUUUUUUUUAUCUGUUCUUGUUGUUUUGUAACGUUUUGUAACUUUUAUGAAAACAAAAAUUUAAAUUCUUAGAGUUUAUUUUUUUCCAUGAAGUUAAAAGGAAUUAAAUGUAAAGAAGGCGGUUUGUUGGGAUCUAUUUAUAGAUGAGACUCUCCAGAGCAUCUCUCUGGACUAAACACAGAUUUUUGAACAUGUCUGACUCCGGUUUUGGUCCGUUUUCUGCCUCACAUCCGUUUUGGUGAACUGCGGCAGUAACUCUGGCAUUCCCCCCUGAAAUGUGACGGUUUGUCAUUUGGGCGCCGCUGGUCAGAGGAUACAGAAAAACCCAUCAGACUCCUGCAUCUCAUCUCUCCUUCACACAGACGCCUACAUCGGUUCUGCUCCUCAUCGUCGGUGCGUCUCCUCCUCCUCCUCCUCAGCCCUGUUCUCCCGGAUCUCCGUGGAUCAGAAGGGGGAGCGGCAGAUGGCGGCGUGAAGGCGCUCUCAUCCAGACUGACGAUGGCUGACAACAACCGGCUGCUGGCUCACGCAGGACUCCGCCUGAUCAUGUGAUCUGACUCUAACCUUCACUGUCGUCCCUUACCGUCUUCUCGAAUCCGGUGCCACAUGCCGUCCCAAAGGCGGAACGUCUGCUAGAGCGGUCACCUGACGCAGAGGAACCUCGCUGACCAGGACCAUGACCCGCCGGCUGAGCAGCUCCACCCGAUCACACACUGAGGACUCCAUCUUUCUGAAGCCGGAUGAAGAUCCCGUCUGGCUGGAUGAACCCACCAAGAUAGAAAAAGUGGGUGAUGGGCUCCUGAAGAACGACGGGCUCACUGACUGCACAGAUGGACCAGAAGGUGACGGCACGCAGGGAAAGGAGGCCUUCCUGCAGAAGGUGUACGCUCUGGUGGUUGAGAUCCACUGCUGGGCUGCCCUCUUCAUCACCUCACAAGUCCUGGGUUACUGUGUGUUUUUCGUGCUGGAAGGAAACGGCCCCCUCUCCUCCAUCUACAAGGCCCUGCACAUCAUUGACUUCUACUUCGGCUUCAUCUUACCGUUCCAGCGCGUCUUUGGGUUGGACUCUAUGGUGAUGAUGAAGGAGGUGGCGAACACCGAACAGCACAGCUGGAUCGUCCACGGUACCGCGGGUGUUGGAGCAGCCAUCUGCAUCAUCAUGGUAGUCCACAUGGUGUGUAAGUGGCGUUCAGGAUUGUGGUCGACAGAAAUGGCGUCCAGAGACAUGGGUGACCGGCGGCAGUCUGUGAGCCGCCAGCCCUCCUUCACGCUGUCUGAGUGGACGGACGCUCAGGAGGAUCUGCUGGACCUGGAGGCGGAGCCUCAGACUCCGGUCUUUGACUCGGAGCACAGGACGGAUGGAGAUGCCGCCACCCUCACGGUGACGCCAGUGGGGCUUCAGGAGAGACGAGGCUCCAACGUUUCCUUGACCUUGGACAUGUGCACGCCGGGCUGCACCGAGCCCUACGGCUACGGAGCGCAGCUUUCUCCCAGAGACCAGUCGGCCCAGGAGUACCUCCGGCAGGGGUCGCAUGUCCUGACCCCCGCCAUGCUGCACACCAGGGCCAUGGAUGACCAGAGCCUGCAGGCGGAGUUUUAUGAAACUCCCAUGAACUUUGUGGACCCUAAGGAGUACAAUUACCCAGGACUGGUGAGAAAGAACCGCUACAAAACUAUUUUACCCAAUACGCACAGCAGAGUCAUCCUGAAGUCACAAGACGAAGAGGAUUUUCUGUCCACCUACAUCAAUGCAAACUAUCUGAAAGGCUACGGCGGCGAGGAGCAGGCCUACAUCGCCACACAGGGUCCCACUGUGAACACGGUGGGGGACUUCUGGAGGAUGGUGUGGCAGGAGAAAAGCCCAAUCAUAGUGAUGAUCACCAACCUGGAGGAGAAGAAUGAGAAAUGUGUGGAGUACUGGCCUGAGGACACCGUCACCCAUGAGGGCAUCGAGAUCAGCGUUGUCUCGGUAACCCAGGAAGACGACUACAGUCUCAGGGUGUUCGCUCUGAAGUGUGGGGACGAGCAGCGCAGUCUGAAGCAGUACUGGUACACCUCCUGGCCUGACCAGAAGACCCCAGACAAGGCUCCACCCCUUCUGGAGCUGGUACAGGAAGUGGAGCGAGCCAGAGAGGAAGCCCCGCCCUCCAGUGGCCCUAUAAUUGUUCACUGCAGUGCUGGGAUUGGUCGAACAGGCUGCUUCAUCGCCACCUCCAUCCUCUGCAAACAGCUGAGGACCGAGGGCGUGGUCGACAUCUUGAGGACCACCUGCCAGCUGCGUCUGGACAGAGGCGGGAUGAUCCAGACGUGUGAGCAGUACCAGUUUGUUCAUCAUGUCCUCAGCCUGUAUGAGAAGCAGCUCUCCUGCACUGCUGAGGAGUAGAGGGGCGCCGCGGCCGUACCCAGACCGAGACACACCACUGUACCCCCAACCGCCUCAGGCGCUGCGCUUUACUGUACCCGAGCUUGCCCUCCAAGGGCUCCAGUCCACGCCAUCUGUCCACGCAGGCUCAUCCGAAUUGCUCCACGAUGUGCUUUCAACACGAGAAGACGGGAUCUGAGGCAGAAAAUCAAACAGGAAGUUGUCAUCAGUCCACAGCUUACAGCUGAGUGACAGCAGUUGGGUUUGAAAUCAUCUACGCUCACUCCAGCAUACUUUCAUUUGCACGUCUUAGGCUUCAUCCACCAUGGUCUUCAUCAGUACGAGUCGUCAGAAAGGCUCUGCCUCAUCAUGACUGAGGUCUUCAAUCAUCUGUAGAGAAGUUUGAUCAAGAGAAAAAUCAUGAUGAGGCCCCUUAAGAGCAACAGAUAUACAGAGAUAAUCAAAUGCCAGCAAAGUGUAUAGCAUUGAUAUUAGAAUGUCCAUGAAUUGAAUUGAUGUUUUCAUGUAAAACCAAACUUCCCAGAAGGCCUGAGUCUCCUCAUCUUCAGGUUGCAUGGUGCUAAGUGUUCAUUAAUGGCGGCGUGUGCAAUGUAACGGCACAUAGGAAUGUAACCGUUCACUUUAAAGGCUCUAGGAGUAAUUUACACCACGUCAGUUCUGAUGGUCCACCAUGUUUACAGAAAACCUGUGCAUUUAGGCCUCCUGGACGUUCACUCACAGGCAUCACAGAGCCAGCAGCCGGGCCAGGACUGGCAUCUCCCAGUGUACAAAGAUCUCCACAAGGCCGUUCAUCAAAGGGUGUCCAGCAAAACUUGCCAAAAAAAGAAAAACAACAAAGGAAGACUUCUAGAUCUCCUGAUCAAGUUGUUGUUGUUGCCACCCGGAUUCCCUAUGAUAGCUCUGCUUUCAACAGUAGCUGAGGCUCAUGGGAACCCUGUGAUUGUUGUAUAGACCGGUCCGGCCCAAACCUGUACGAAGCACAAUAGACCGUAAGGUUGUCUCUGAUGUUCUGCUGUAAAAGUUUCUUUUCCGUAUUGUGCUUUGAUGGUGUUGAGUUCAAUGGAUUGCAUGUGCCGUAUGGGACUCCACAGGUCCACAAUCAAAGCGACGUGAUUGGUCGUCCUGCUUUCCGUUGUGUACAAUGGUUUGAAGCAUAUUGUUCUAUUGCUUGCUCUCGGCCAACGCUUUUGAUACCGUUUGCUUUUGUGAAACAGACCAGAGAUAUUUUUAGAACAUUUUGAUACAAUCCUUUCGAGUAGAUGCCUUGUGUACAUUUCCGUUUACACCAUGAUGGAAUGUAGCUCAUACUGUGGAUCAAACUAUUGGUUUAUAUUGCAAGACUUAAUGGAACAAAAUGUGACAACUACCUAAGUUACCUUACAGUACAGAGAAUAAAUAGAAUAUGUUCAGUAUUAUUAUGACAUUUGGCCUUUAGGCUUUGCUUUAAUAUGCUUUGCUUUCUGUGUUUGUUUCGUUCUUAAACGAUUUUACCUCAGACGGACUUUUUCCGCGGUUCCUGCAUCCAUCUGUCGUUUAACAACACAGCUGAGAAAUGAUUAUAAGGCAGCUAAAACUUUCCACAUGGUUUUCUAUGGUACAAAAACCCAACCGCUUGUUCGGCCGGGAAUUCCGGACUCAAUCCUGUUGGAUCGGACCAAUUGGAACACAUCAACCGAAAAUGGAAAGCAAGACUGCCAAAUUCUCCUUCUACUGGAGCACAGGACUAAGAGCGGCUCUCAUCCGUUUUUCUGAUGUAACCCUCUGAUCAUGUCUGAAUGAAAGGAUUUCAUUACAAAGACUUGUUAUCAGUGCUCCUGACGAUCAAAACAGGGACGCAGCCGGUCAGAACAUAACAACAACAACCAGCAUCAGUGUUCAUCUCCUCUGCUACAGUAUUGCUUUAAGUAGUGGGUUUUUGCAUCCAAAUAAAGGUAGAUUUUCAUGAAAA